ACUGGAGUUUGGUUCUCGAGGCGGCGGCAGCAGCGGCGACGGCUCCGGCGGCUCCUCCUCCUCCUCUGGUGGCGGCGGCGCCCCGGGCCUGAGCCCCGGCCCCGGCUCCCAUCUCCGCCACCCCGCGCGCCCCCACUUCCCCCGGCGCCGCGGGGAACAUGAGGCUCCGCUCCCGGAGGCUGGCGAGUGAGUGACCCCCGUCCCCCGCCUCAGCCCGCCCGCCCGCUGGCCCGGCCGCUCCCCCCCGCCUCGCCCAGGCAAUGACAGCGGCUCCGCCGUCUCCGCAGCAGAUCAGGGACCGGCUGCUGCAGGCCAUCGACCCCCAGAGCAACAUCCGGAACAUGGUGGCGGUGCAGGAAGUCAUCUCCAGCCUGGAGAAAUACCCCAUUACCAAAGAGGCACUGGAGGAAACCCGUCUUGGGAAGCUCAUCAACGACGUCCGCAAGAAGACGAAGAACGAGGAGCUCGCCAAGCGGGCUAAGAAGCUGCUGCGGAGCUGGCAGAAGCUCAUUGAGCCCGUGCACCAGAAUGAGGCUGCACUGCGGGGGCUGGCGGGUGCCACCGGCUCGGCCAAUGGGGGUGCCCAUAACUGCCGGCCGGAGGCAGGGGCGGCCGGCCCACCUAAGAGCAUCCAUGACCUGAAGAACCGUAAUGACAUCCAGAGGCUGCCCGGGCAGCGGCUGGACAGGCUGGGCAGCCGCAAGCGCCGGGGGGACCAGCGCGACCUCGGUCACCCUGGGCCACCUCCCAAGGUCUCCAAAGUGAGCCAUGACUCCCUGGUACCCAACUCGUCCCCCCUCCCCACCAACGGGAUCAGCGGGAGCCCCGAGAGCUUCCCUGGCCCCCUGGAUGGCAGUGGGCACGUGGGCCCCGAGGGCAGCCGCCUGGAGCACGGCGAGAACGACAAGCACAGUGGCAAGAUCCCCGUCAACGCCGUGAGGCCGCACACCAACUCCCCGGGCCUGGGCAAGCCCCCCGGGCCCUGCUUGCAGACGAAGGGCCAAGCGGUGCUGCAGCAGCUGGACAGGGUGGACGAGACUCCAGGUCCCCCCCACCCCAAAGGGCCACCUCGCUGCUCUUUCAGUCCCCGGAACUCACGGCACGAGGGCUCCUUUGCCCGGCAGCGGAGCCCAUACACAUACAAGGGCUCUGUGCCCAGUCCCUCACCUCGGCCCCAGUCACUCGAUGCCACGCAGGUGCCAUCACCGCUUCCGCUGGCCCAGCCGUCCACGCCCCCCGUGCGGCGACUCGAGCUGCUGCCCAGCGCAGAGAGCCCGGUGCGCUGGCUGGAGCAGCCCGAGGGCCACCAGCGGCUCGCGGGUUCGGGCUGCAAGCCAGGGCUGCCACCAGCCGAGCCCCUCCUGCCCCGGGCAGGCUUCUCCCCGGACUCCUCCAAGGCGGACAGUGAUGCUGCCUCCUCCGGUGGCUCGGACAGCAGAAAGAAGAAGAGGUACCGGCCUCGCGACUACACGGUUAACUUGGAUGGGCAGGUGGCCGAGGCGGGUGUCAAGCCUGUCCGGUUAAAAGAGCGGAAGCUCACCUUUGACCCCAUGACGAGACAGAUCAAACCUCUGACCCAGAAAGAGCCAGUGCGGGCUGACAGCCCUGUGCACACGGAGCAGCCCAGGACAGAGCUGGACAAGCCCGAGGCCAAGGCCAGCCUCCAGAGCCCUUUUGAACAGACGAACUGGAAAGAGCUGUCGCGCAACGAGAUCAUCCAGUCCUACCUGAGCCGGCAGAGCAGCCUGCUCUCGUCAUCGGGCGCGCAGACCCCGGGCGCGCACCACUUCAUGUCCGAGUACCUGAAGCAGGAGGAGAGCACUCGGCGCGGGGCCCGGAAGCCGCACGUGCUGGUGCCUCACGGCCCACCCACGGACCUCCCAGGGCUGAGCCGCGAGGUCACGCGGGACGAUCUGGACAGAAUCCAGGCCUGUCAGUGGCCAGGGGUGAACGGGUGUCAGGACACACAGGGUAACUGGUAUGACUGGACGCAGUGCAUAUCGCUCGACCCGCACGGCGACGACGGGCGGUUGAACAUUCUGCCUUAUGUCUGCUUGGACUGACCGACCCAUCGGGCUCUAAGUGCAUUCCCACCUUGCAGUCAGCCGUGGAGGGCGGGUGCCAGGGCCCGGCCACCUCCAAUGGUUGAGAAUCCGGGGGGGUCCGGCCCAGGGCGGGAGGGCAGGGGAGCGAGAGUCUCUAGGUCUCUCUGCACUCUUCCCUCAAAAUUCUCCUUCUUUUGUGAAAUGCUGCUACCAGUUUACUAACAAAAUUGCAAAGGAAGGACCGCGUGGAAGGAAGGCCAGCAAAGUGAGUUCAGAACUCUAUAGCAAACCAGCUAUAAAAAGCGUUAGUCCCCCACCCCAGAAGAGGUGUGGACGCUUCCCAGCCCUGGUGAGCUGGGACCUCAGUUGCAGGCAGGCACAGAAAACCUGUGGGAGAGGUUACCUUUAACACAGCAACAGAAGCACGCAUCUCAUCUCUUUGCAUUUUCUGUUUUUUAAUAUGGCCCUGAGUGUUUGAGGCCGUGGGCAACACUGUGGCCUCUGUUUGCACCCCACCUGGCCAGCUUUUCCAUCACGGUGCCAGAAGCUUCUCAGCUGUAGUGAGCUGCUGGCAUCAGGCAGGCCAACUGGCCAGCAAGUUUGACCCAUGCUCCCUGGGCAUCCACACGUUUGUAUCUGGUUUCAGUUACAACCCAGUUUUUAAAGAAAUGCUGCAGAAAUUUAAGUUUUCUAGAGUUUAUUUUAUUCCCCUCUUCCAUCUGACCACCAGACGAAUAACUUCCCUUUGUUCCUCCCUCUUCAUUUUCCCCUUCCUGCACAUAUCUAGAAAAGUUCACCUUUCUAGAGUUCUCCCCCAAAAACAUAAAAGUAACUGUGGGUGCUACUGGUGUGUAAGCUGUACUGUUGGGCAAGAAAAGACCUGUCUGUACGCUGGAAACACUCAUAACCAUUCCUUUAGAGUCGUUUGCCUUAUGGUUAUUUGUCAUAAACGCAAUUUGCAAAAACAAGGAGCCUUAGUGAAUGUACAGUACCUAGACUUCUGUGUUCUCAGGACGCAGAAGGAAGCAACUUUGCUAUUUGGUCCAGUAAGUGGACACCUUGUGAUAUAAAUGUGGAAAUAAAAAAAAAAAAAAAAACAUUUGCACAAA